UUGAAAGUGUGUGUGUUCUUUGUGUAUAAACACAUGUGUAUAAACACUUGCAUUUCAAGCGAACUACUCUGACACGAGUUUAUUCGAUACGGCGUUUGAUGCCAUACAAACAAUUUAAUUCAUAAUUUUAAGUUGUGAAGUAAAAAGCUUGUAAAAAUGGAAAAUACCAAGAGAAGAGAUGUGUGGAGUGAUCGUGAGGUUCACCAAAUGCUUUCCAUAAUAAAUGAAAAGCAUGGUAUUCGCCUGUUGGACAGCAAAACUAAACGAAAUAAAAACAUAUUUGUGGAUGUGGCAAAUGAACUAAAAAAGAAAAAUAUUCUGAAGAACGAUGUUCAAAUUCGCAAUAAAUUUAAAAGCCUUAAAUGCGACUUUUACAAAACACAACGAAGCAACAACAUAAGUGACGCAAAGAGGCAAACAUCGGAGCACUUUGAAUUGCUUAAUGAAAUUUUUGGUCACCGUCCAGCAUUGGAAGCAGAAGAAGGUAUUGAUGUGGCUGAGAUGGAUGUCAAAAAUAUCGACAUUGAAACCAUUUCGGCGGCUUUCGAUGAACAAUCCCAAGCCAGCGAGAAAAGCGUAAUAAUUGAAUGCAACGCUACUGCUAAAGAAACUUCUUCCCGCAAAGAAAAAACGCGCAGUUUCAAAAAAACAAGGAAGCAAAGCUACCAAAAAGUUGUGGAGUCUUUUGCGAAUGACUGGAAAAAGUCUCAGCAGGAGCUUCUCCAAACUCUGAUGGAGCAAGAUAAAAAAUUGGCAGAGGAACAAACAAAAAAUCAAGAGGAAAUGAUGCAAAAAAACUUAACAGCUAUGGAGAAAAUCUUAGAGAAAGAUCGCGAGGAAACAGCAAAAAUGCUUCAAGUAUUUUUAAACUCAAUGCAACCUGUGAACCAAGCAGAACCAUAUAUGUUCCACAUAUCGGAUCCAGAAUCUGCCUUCAUGGAGCCAUCUGCGUCUAAUUCACCUCAUGUGGUAAUUCCCAAAUUGUCGCCACAGGGGUGUGAUGAGACAUUCCCCCCAUUAUGAAUUCAUACGAUACACAAUAAACCCUCUCAUUCUAAAAGCAUUA